AUGGCGCCCGUGCAACCAAGUGUUGGCCCAUCUAGGGAUGAGCCUAGAGUGUUUGGCCUUGACAAGUUCAAUGGUGACAACUUUGCUGAGUGGUCCUUCAGAAUGGAGAACAUAUUUGACCACUAUGACCUGCUGGAGGUGAUGGAAGGAACGGAGAAGCGUCCCGAGAACGACCCGGAGAAGAGCCCGUGGCAUGACACCUCGCCCGGACUUGCUCACCGAACUCGAGCCGUCACCGGUGAAGCAUGUCACAUCGGCUUUGGGCAGCGAGCAGAGGUGAAAGGCAUGGGGAAGGCCAUGUUCAAGGGUGCUGAUGGGAAGAUGGUGGGCCUCAAGAACCAGCUAGUGAAGAAUGAGAUGGUUGCUGGCAUACGUGUGAAGGGGGAGCCCGAUGAGGUGCUUGGCUGCCCGACGCUGCAUUCAAGCCAAGUUCACCCGGUUUCCCAGUUCUCUAGUUCGGAGGCAACGGCUAAGGCACCACUUGAUGAGGUGGUGAUGGACGUGGGACUGCAAGUUCAUGGAGAACUUCAUGUACAAGGAUGGAAGGCGGAGAAUGAGGCGAAGAUAGGCGUGCGGUUUGGGGAGGUGAAGAGUUCCGGUUUGGAGCAUGUGGAGCUGCCUUUGGAGCUGAGACAGCGGCAGCACAACCACGAGGCAAUCCUCCCUUGUGAAUGGGGGGAGAGGAGGCCACUGAUGCAGAGGAAGAAGAGGAGAGGUGCAGCAAGUGCGGCGAGCGUGGCACCGUCACUCCCUUCCCGUACCACGAGUGCUCCACUGGAAUCGAGCCACACCGCAGCAACGCCAAGGGCCUUCAAGUCGCUGCAGCUGAGGAGGAAGGAAGGGGAAGAGGAGACAACUCUCAAGGAGGCUUUGGAGAGUAGUGAUGCUGAGGAGUGGAAGAAGGCCAUGGAGAGUGAGCUGAAGAGCAUCGAGGAGAAUGACACGUUUGAAUUGGUGGAGCUACCGGAGGGGCGUUACGGCGAUAACCCAGAGGGGUUUGAUGAUGGUAGUGGCAGAGUGUGGAAGCUGAAGAAGGCCCUCUAUGGGCUGAAGCAGGCCCCUAGGCAAUGCUGCAUGACAAGUUCAAGUGCAAGGUCCCGUGGUGACGUGAACUUCUACCUUGGGCUCCACAUCGAACGAGACGUGGAGAAGCGGAGCAUGCGAGUGCACCAACGGAAGUACCUGGAGGCGUUGGCUGCCAACUUCGGCCAGAGUGAAGGUCAUGUGGCUACUCCCUUUCCCUCUUGGGUUCAAGUGUGUGAAGGGCCAGAGGAGGAGAGCGUUGGAGAAGAGGAGAGGCGCCGAUUUCACUCGUUGGUGGGCAGCCUCAUGUAUGCGGCGGUAAACACCCGACCGGACGUCGCGUUUGCUACCGGGCAGCUGGCUAGGGUUGUGCAAUGCCCUAAUGAGGAGCAGGUAGCAGCUGGAAUGAGGGUGGCCAAGUACCUUGGCCAAACACCGACCGUUGGGCUGCAAUACUCGGCGGCGGCACAAAGGCGCCAAAAGGGCGCGGAUGGUGUUGAACCCGGGCGUUUGUUCCUCACCGCCUACUCGGAUGCUUCAUAUGCAUCAGAACCAGAGGACAUGACAAGUGUGGGAGGCUUCAUAUGCUGUGUUGGUGGAGGCCCAACUGCUUGGGAGAGCAAGAAGCAGGUUGACCAAGCUUUGAGCUCGGUGGAGUCCGAGUACAUGGCACUCUUCCGUGCCGUACGGGAGAUUGUGUGGCAGCGGCGUUUGUUGGCUGAAUUGGGGGAGGAGCAGCAAGGACCUACCCCACUAUAUUGUGACAGCCAGGGUGCCAUUGCUCUUGCUAAGAACCCUGUGUUGCAUGGACUCACGAAGCACAUGAGGGUGAAGUGGCAUUGGACGAGGAGCAUGGUAACCGCGGGUGAAGUUGAGUUGCGCUACGUGAAAACCACGGGGCAGCCGGCUGACAUGAUGACCAAGAGGCUGGUGGAGCAGCAGCAUUGGAAGUGUUGCAAGCUGGCUGGGAUGGCUCUGAACUGA